AAUGCCUGCCAGCAGAGACGCAGAGCAGGAGCGGCUGAGCUGCUCAGAGAGGAGCAGACAGGAGCUGGACGAGGAUGAGGAGGAGGAGGAAGAUGAAGAGGAUGAGAUCCAGGAGGUCCAGAUUACCGGGAAUGAAGAGGUGUCUGAGGGGGAUGCGGUGGAACUGGAGUGGGAGACAGGGAGCUCAGUGCUGCUGGAGUGCAGCGGUUCUGACGCGACGGUCGUUAUGCGGCAUAUGGACCUAGAGGAGGAGGAGGAGGAGGAAGAUAUUUUUAGUGGCUGUCACCUGGAUGAAGACCUGCAGCGGUCAGAUAGGAACAGGCUGAGUGAGAACACCCGCCUGGCCACCCGCUAUGCGGUGCGGAUUUUCAGGGAGUACCUGAGUGAGAAGGACCAAAGUCCAGACUUUGAAACUCUGGACAAGGACUCGCUGUGCGCGCUGCUGCGCUCUUUUUACGCGGAGGCGCGCUCCAAAAGUGGACAGUUGUACAGCAAGUCGUCCCUCAUCAGCAUCAGGAGCUCACUGAACCGGUACCUGAACGAACCGCCUUACUGUCGCACCUUGGAUCUCACCAAGGACCCGGAGCUUCGCAGCGCAAACCUGGCCCUGGCUGCAGUCAUACGGAGACUAGAGGAGCAGGGCGCCGGUCCCGUGGUUCAGAAACAAGCCAUCACGCGUUCGGACCUGCGGAGACUUUACGACUCGUCCGCGUUCAACCCUGACACACCGUUUGGACUUCUCAAUAAAGUCUGGUUCGAAAUCUGUAUGUAUUUUUGCACCAGGGGUCGGGAGAACCAGCGCGAGCUGGAGGAGGACUCCUUCGGUCUGGCUGCGGAUGAAGACGGCAGGAAGUUUGUGUAUUUCAAAGCACUUGGACCGUACCACAAAUCCCGCUCUGCAGCCUGGACCAAGAGGCGACCGGACUGUGACGAGGACACGCUGCCGCGCAUGUACGAAGCCGGCACGGAGCUGUGUCCCUACGCCAGCUUUGUCCGGUACGUGUCCAAGCGGAAUCCGAUGUGCCGCGCGUUCUUCCAGCGGCCCCGGGACCACUGCUGUGCCAACGACGCGACCUGGUUCGAGAACAAGGCCAUCGGUAAAAACCUGCUCGGUACCAGGAUGCAGAUGUUGUCCCGGGCCGCCAAACUCUCCAAAACCUACACCAAUCACUGCAUCGGCGCUGUUUCCAUAGCGACGCUCAACAGCAUCGUUGGCGCAGGUGCGUCCAGGUCCGAGAGCGCGGCGGAUCCCUAUCUGCGCCGCGUCCCGGACUCCGUGGACCUGAAGCAGAUGAAGGUAGCAGCAGCAGUGACGUCAGCAGCAGUAUGUACUGAAGAAGACCUGGAGCCAUCUCCGUCCAAACGACUGUGCGUGCGUCCUGGGAAACGCGCACCGCAAUCGACCGUGGAGCAGAAGAACGGGUCUGCGCCGGAGAGAUCCACAGAGUCCAGCGUCCACUCCCAGUCUGCUGUUCAGAUUCCGGCCACAGUGAUCAUACAGGUGACACGUCAGACGGCGUUGGGGGCAGUGGGGGUCAGAUGCUCCACCUGUCUGGCCUCUGGCAUUAGCUGCCAGUCCUCAGGCUGCAUCAGCACUUCUCAGUGUUUAGCUCGUGGGCUACAGCCUGGCAGCGAGUUCACAGCAUGUCAGAGUACGACAGUGAUGGGAGACAAGCAGUCUUUGCGUACCUUGUUAGGCGGUAAAUUUGUUUUUAAAAAACUUCCCGAUGGUAGCUUGUGUAAGAGCGUGGUUGUGUGUACAUUCUGCCACAAAGAGUUCUCUUAUCACCGCAGUAAUUCAAGUCUGCGGUAUCACCUCAAUGCAAAACACGCUGCUGCGAGCACGGACGCCGGAGCUAACGUUAGUUGUGGCCCUCGUGAUAAACGCAAACGCCGUAAUCAGACAACAAUAAACCAGAAGACCGAGCUGACGUGCAAGUCUACGGCUGACAAAUUAACCAACUCUCUGGCGAAAUGGAUUGCAGUGGACUGUAGACCGCUCUCGUUGCUGCAGGAUAAAGGGCUGGAAAAUGCUCUACAGAUAGCCUUGUCCGACCCUUCUUACGAACUGCCGUGCAAAAGGACAAUUACCAGUAAAAUCCAGCAGCUUCAUGACGAUGAAAAGCAGACGAACGAGGGCUUGUUGAUAAAAACUGAAUGUGUCGUACAGACCGGAGAUCAUCUGACCACGGACAACUCAGCGGGCAGUGUUAGCAACAAUAAUGUGACGACUCAGCAGCUGGACACUGUGCAUGUGGUCAAACCUCUGGGUUCUGCCGGCAUCCCCACUCCCGCACAACUCACAAAAACAAACGCCCCUGUACACAUCGAUGUAGGAGGACACAUGUACACGAGCAGCCUCGCUACUCUGACCAAGUACUCCGAGUCAAGGAUCGGCCGUCUGUUUGAUGGAAGUGAGCCCAUUGUUCUGGACAGUCUGAAGCAGCACUACUUCAUAGAUCGCGAUGGUCAUAUGUUUCGCUACAUCCUCAACUUCUUGCGCACAUCGAAACUCCUAAUCCCAGACGACUUCAAAGAAUUUUCCCUGCUUCUUGAAGAGGCCACUUUCUACCAACUGACCACGCUGCAGGAGCAGCUGGAACAGUGGAGGGCGGAGCAAGAACGCAGGAGCGCAUGUCGGGAGUGUGAGUGCGUGGUGGUCCGUGUUGUUCCCGAACUGGGAGAGAGAAUCAGUGUGAGCGCCCAAAGGGCCGUCAUUGAGGAGGCUUUUCCGGAGGUCAAAGAGGUUGUGGCAAAAUCCCUAGGCGCUGGCUGUAACCACGGGUCCACACAGGUUCUUUACUUCCCUCUGAACGACCAUUGCCACCUCAACUCUGUUCAGGUGUUGGAGCGUUUUCAGCACAGAGGCUUCUGCAUCACAGCUUCAUGUGGCAGUGGAGUGGAUUCUUCUCAGUUCAGUGAAUUCAUUCUACGUAGGGAGAGCAGAGACGGUCAACAGCCCUUCAAUCUGGUACAAGUCAAACAGGAACUCACAGACUGAAGCUGGAGGAAGCUAACACAGACGAAACUGACU